GAAAGCUUUUUAUCCCUCAGCUGCCUCUUUCUCUCUUUUCAGAGCCUCCCUCUCAUAUGGUACUUGCUACACUAGUUUACCAUUCAACUCUGCAGGUUUGAACAGAGUUUUGUCAUGGUGCGGUGAACGUGGAGCCUGCAACAAAGUGUGAAUCUUUCACCACAUAUGAGAACUUGUAGUUAGAGUAGCUCGUAAAAGGUAGAUCUGUCCUAUUUAUUCAUCAAUGGCAACGAAUGAGGCAGAGGUGAUGAAUCCAGAUACGCAGAGUUUUACUGCAGUAGAUUUUCAGAACUUUGCAAAGAUGAUGGCUCAGUUUCAAGCUUUCCAAGCCACUUCUAGAUCUAACACCAACCUUCUUCAAGAUCCUUCAAGUUGUUACUACCUUCACCCAAGUGAGACACCUGGAAUCGCUCUCACAACCACUCCACUUACCACAUUGAACUACCACACCUGGUUGAGAUCUGUGUGGAUCUGUUUAAAAUCGAAGAAUAAAAUUAGAUUCAUUGAUGGCACGCUACUCAAACCAGCUCCAACGGAUUAUUCAUAUGAUGCUUGGGACCGUUGCAACACGUUUGUGCUAUCAUGGCUACAUGGAUCAUUGAGUCCAGAAAUUUUGCAGAGUGUACUGUGGUGCGACAAUGCACACGAACUGUGGAAGGACCUCAAACAUCAAUUUUAUGAGGGUGAUUUAUUUCGGAUUGCUGAGCUUGAGGAAGAUCUGUUCAGCACAAAGCAAGGUGAAAGAGAGUCAUACCAGAUUAGCCAAGGCAGUGUCAAAUUUAUCAAUACUGGAGGUGAAAAAGGCCAAUUCGGGACCAAUAAUGUCAAAGGAAGAGGAAGAGGGCGUGGUAAAGGUGGCAGAAAUACUACUAGAGGAGCUCCCAAACUUUGCUCUUAUUGUGGAAAACAAGGUCACUUGGUGGAUACAUGUUACCAGAAGCAUGGCUUUCCACCACAUUUGCAACCAAAUCACUCUAAUGGAGUACCUCUUUCAGCUAAUUCAGUAAACUCAGUGGUAGUUGCGAGUAAUGCAGAAUGCAACCCCACAGUUAUCCAAAAUGAAGGCAAGAUCAGUUUGGAUGGGAUAUUCUCGAAUAGACAGAAAGAAGCACUUAUUGCACUAUUCCAGCAACAUAAAGAACCUCUUCAUGAUGAAAAUUUGGCAACCAUUCAUGCUCCUUCAGCCGGUAUAUUUCAUCUCAUUUCUCUUUCCGGUUUUGAAUUGAAUUCUCAAGAUUGGAUUUUAGAUACAGGAGCAACUGUUCACAUUUGUUUUAGUCUUAAACAUUUUUAUUCUAUUAAACAUAUUAAUUCAGUUAAAAUUAUCAUGCCAAAUGGUUCACAAACUGUUACAACCUUAUGUGGAACAGUUUUCUUCUCAGCUGAUUUUUAUUUGACUGAGGUUCUAUAUAUACCAAGUUUUAAAUGUAAUCUCAUUUCUAUUUCAAAAGUCAAUAUUUCGGCUCAGCAAUCUCCAACUUCCUUUGAAGUGAAGUAUCCAAUCUCUGACUAUGUAUCUUACAACACAUUGUCAAUAAGGCAUAAAGCUUUUUCAGCUACUAUAUCCUGCACCACAGAACCAAGAAGUUAUGAAGAGGCCAUCCUCUAUGAUUGCUGGCGUAAGGCAAUAAGUGCCGAAUUGAAUGCUCUUGAGGGGAAUAAAACAUGGAAACUGACUUCUCUUCAUUUUGGAAAGAAGGCAAUCAGUUGCAAAUGA